CUGUGGAGACACACUGAACCACUCACUAACAGUCUCAAUACUGACAGCACACAAUACUCAACUGGUCCUCUGUCAAGCUAUUGUAUAGCUUUGAGAAGUUGAUUCGAAAUCGGAGAGGAGAAUGUUGAGAGGCGGAAGUGGGGGUGAGCUGCUUCUCUUCAUGUUUGGCUGGAGCUGAUCCAGAAUCAGAUUUAUGAGAGGCAGCUGCUGAGGGCUUGACGGACAGACGAGUGCAGGGAUUCCUGUGUUGCUGCUGCCGCUGCACAGAGGACAGCCAGGCUGUGUGUCAGUGCACAGCACAGUAGCAAGGAUGGUUCGUGAACAAUACAUCAGCACUACAGAUGAGUCUGGUGUGCCAACGCCAGUUACUGACUCCAUCUAUAAGAUUGGCAUCUAUGGCUGGAGGAAACGUUGCCUUUAUCUGUUUGUCCUGCUUCUCAUUAUCAUCCUGGUGGUGAAUUUUGCCCUCACAAUCUGGAUCCUAAGAGUGAUGUGGUUCAAUACGGAAGGCAUGGGAUACCUCCAGGUUACAGAAGAUGGGGUUAGGUUGGAGGGAGAGUCUGAGUUUCUUUUCCCACUUUAUGCUGAAGAGAUUGACUCCAGAGAGGACUCAGCUUUGCUGGUGCACUCCACUGAUAAUGUGACUCUCAACGCCCGCAAUGCCAAUGGAGAUGUAACUGGAAGUGUGUCUGUAGGUCCAGGACAAGCCAAGGCCUUUGGGCAACAUUUUACAGUCAGCUCAAGUGAUAAGACUCUGUUUUAUGCUGAUGAAAAAGAAGCGAUCGUAGGAACAGGAAAACUCAGAGUUACAGGCCCUCAAGGUGCACUUUUUGAGCACUCUGUUGAGACACCAUUGGUCAAAGCAGAGCCUCUGAGAGACCUUAGGUUGGAGUCUCCAACCCGGUUUUUGAGCAUGGAAGCCCCCAAAGGUGUUUACAUCAAAGCCAUGGCAGGGAAUAUAGAUGCUGAAUCAAGUCUGGAUGUUAUUUUGCACUCAACUGAGGGUCUUCUGGUAUUAGAUGCUGAGACCAUUCGUCUUCCCAAGCUACCCGAGGGUGAAGCAGGAUCACCAGGUGACUCUCAGGGGCUGUACAACAUGUUUGAAGUGUGUGUCUGUCCCAGCGGCAAGCUGUUCCUCUCCAGAGCUGGUCUCUCCUCUACCUGCAGUGAGAGCCAAGAGUGCUGAAGUCCAUAGCAUCUGUAGACUGAUAUUCAAGUGAUUAAUGAUUUGAUUGGAGAUCUCCUGCUGAAUCUGCUGCUGAGAUCUCUUGUUGUUGCAGAAUUUUCAAUUCAGUGCAAUAGCACAAUCUUGCUACUACAAUGACUUCACAGAAGAUGAGAGGAAGCACAUCAUUCUCAGGUGGUGAGAGUUACAGCCUGAGUACAUUAUGUACCUGGAAUAGAUCUAUUUCAGUCACCAAUAUUUGCGAUACCAUUGUGAGUGGUAAUAUAUCUUUUAUUGUUUUUUUUUUUUCUUUUUCUUUUUUACCAAACUAGGCUGGGCAAAAAAGGGGCUGUUCACCAGCAUACAUCCUAUGCAAUAUGAUUUUUUUUUAGUGCAAUAAACAAAACUUGUGUAGUAAAUAUGAUUACUGUUAAAGGAAGAGCAACAGCAAAACUAUUGUCUCACGAAAUGAAUCUAUCCAACUUGCUUUUUUAAAAGUGUAGCUGCACAAAAUUAUCUUUCAUAAUAUGGGCUUAACGCAAUAUAUCCUAAUUCACAUAAAUUUAAUUCCCAAUCAUGUUUUUACAGCAAGAUUAAUUUAGUGUUGAGAUUUAAAUAAACUAACAGUAAAUGACUAAAUUGUUUUUGCAAAAAUGAAGAUGGUCCAAGGAAAUCCAGCCACAAAAUGUAUUUAGUUUACUGAUUAAGCAGUAUUUGAUGUGUUUUUGAGAGGGUUUUAUGGUUGUCAUUUGAGUACCAAAAACAAUUUGUGACUGGUAUUUUGUGUUAAUAAAGUAUUUGAUCUUCA